GAAUUCUAUGGUAUCAGAAAUUAACAUCGUUAUCAGGUAACCCUUGGGCCUUCACCGUUGAGUGCCAAGGCCCGGUUUCAUACACACGUGAUCGCCCGUUGCUCUUUUUCCGAGCGCGGUCGCGACUUUACCUUGACAACGACCUCAAAUACUCGCAUCUCUGUGCAUCAUAGGCCACCGAACAAAGCACCUGCUGUGCCGAUGCCAUAGUUUCUCUUCCGGUGCCCAAUUUCAAUCUCUGCGAGCCAGUCGAAGUCCGCUAAAGCGACAGGGUAAGUGCACGCUGUUCAUUCCGCUUUACGACCCCUCGAGUCCACCCUGGUCCUUCGGCAUAAGCGUCAUGCCUAAUUCCGUCGCAUCCCAUGAAGCAGCACUGGUGAUUGUUCACUUGCACAUUGUAUGGGCGGUACCAUGACUAUCCUCAUAUGCUAACUUUCGAGAUGCAGACACCCUCCCGGCUAUCUCAGCCUCAUUCAAUCCUACACCAUACUUGCCACAAUGGCUAUCUUCGACCUUUACCCCGGACUCGAAGUCAAUGUCACCAUCGAUGGGAUUGCGUUGCCAGAAUACGACGACGAUGAGGAAGAGACUCCCAAGCCCGGGCCGGUUGGAGCAUAUCAGUACGGACUUGGCAAGCCCGUUUCUUCUUCUUCUUCUCUGUAUUGUCUCGGCAGUCGACAUCCUCCUGAGAAAUGCUAUGAAACAUUGCUGUUAGGCAAUUACUGAUUUCCAGCUGCGUACAGGGCAUCAAGGACUGUCACCAAGUACAUUGAGUCUGUCUCGGAUAAGGAGUUUGCGAUUGAGAUCAAGCUCAAUCCAGGAUGUCUGAUGAACUGUGGAUCUUUUACAACUCCGAUCACCAUUGACGGGCAGCUUAUGACUCGCCCGAAUAUCUCCAAAUCAUCUUAUGCUGCGUACUUUUCGGGCAAUACAGUUAGAUACCCCAUGAAACGAAAAGUGUUGGGUGCACACGUAGAUGUACCUAGUAAACCUCACCACCAGCUCUUGAAAAAAUUCAAGUUCUCCAAGAUUGAGACAUCUGUGGAUGAUGAGAAGUUGCGAGACGUCAAGGAAGACGCGAAGCGAAUGGACCAAGUUGGAGAGAUAUUCGUAGUAUUUCAUCGAUGUGCAGACCCAGUAUCAAGCAGAUCUGGAAACUCCAGACACAACGGCGGCUCGAUGCCGACCGCCAAUGUUCACGAAAAAGCUUUGAAGGGACAGGCUAAAACUCAUACAACUUCUCUUGGCGCAGGAUCACUUGUAGAAAAGAAGCACGUUCAUUCUGUGAAGUUGGAUGGAGAGGAUUACCCGCAGGCCAUUUUCAGAUUCAAAUAUCGGUCUAGAGAUGCACUGAAAAGCCUGUUGAUCAUUGAACGAACCCCCUCCCCGGAACCUGAAGGUAUCUCGGUUUCCGCCUCGCCCGUCCGCCACCUCAAAUCUGAGGUCGGGACGAGGGAAGGCGUCAAAACAUUUCAUGGAAUGAAUGACAAUGUAGGGCUGUCAGUCAAGCGAGAAUGCGACGAUGGUGGAGAAGGCAGCUUGCGAAAGAAGCGAAAGUCUGGACAGAGUAUCACGAUCGACCUGACCGAAGACACUGAUGACGAGGAUAUUAUCUGUAUCAACUAAAUUUGUGCCGUCUCUGGUGGCACCUAUCGCAUGGGCUUUGUCUUAGGACUUCACGGCGCUGUGGGUGUGUUUGCAUUGGCGUCCUGGUCUGCAAUUUCGGGAAGCUGCUUUGAUACCCUUUCUUUUUUUUGGAGAUGUACAGAUCCGAUUAUGGGAUGAAUGAAUCUUUGCCGGGCUGCUCAGAAUAUUCUGCUUUUGUACUGCUGUUCGUGGAUUUUUGGCUGAAACCGUUUACUCGAUUUAUAGAUUUAAAAUUAGAAUCGUAAGUUUCGCGGCACACAUUUUUGCACAAUCAACAUCAAUUCAGAG